AUGCCAUUCUGUAUGAAGAUACCACUGGCCAUUAUGUUAUGGAUAGCACCGUUACUGUUGAUCCCCAUGUGUUCUGCGAAUAGUGAUAACAGCAGCAACAAGGUGAGUUCGAUCUGUUCAAUUUCAGAUGAGCGAUAUCAGUGAUUAAUCGAGAAAGUGAAUGGUCGUUGAUUGACGGCAUGAUUUACCAGUAAAAAAGGAAUGCAAUAGAAUGGAAUCAAUGAAAGUAUGAGAAUAAUUUUUUGUAUCUAGACAUGUUUUAUGCCGCUUCACUAUAUACAUAUUAAUGGUAAAACCUAUAAUAAUAGAAAUGGGUAGUCCCCUACUCAAAUAAUGCAAAUGAACAGGAAAUGAAUAGUUGAACAAUUGUUCAACUGAACGAAUGAUGGACUUGUUUUUCUGUUCUUAGCUUAUGUCUGCUUUUAUAUAUUUAUUCAUUAUUUAUUAAUAUUUAUUGUCAAUUAUUUAUCUACUUAUUUUUCAAAGGCUAUUCAAGGAGCAAACAUACCAAGUGCAUAAACUCCAAGUCAAAGAGAAUGAAUAAUGCAUUGCUCCUUUAUUUUUUUCACUUCUGCCCUUAAUUUCUUCAACAGAAUUCCCAACAUGGCUCUUGUGGUUACUCUCCGUGUUUCUGCGCACCGGGGAUACCUGGCAUCCCAGGAAGCCCGGGACCCGCGGGACCAGCUGGUACAACAGGAUCACCCGGGAAAAACGGACCCGAAGGACCUAUGGGUCCACGAGGAGUCAAAGGCGAUGAAGGCCCCCGUGGAAAACAAGGACUUCCAGGCGCCAAUGGAGGUACAGGGUCAACGGGUCCAGCAGGCAAAGGCGGAAGCAAGGGUGAUGCAGGUCCCCCUGGAAGUCAAGGACCCCCUGGCCCCAAGGGACCACAAGGCCCCUCGGGUCAAGCUGGAAAGAAGGGUGAUACAGGUCCUCCUGGAAGUCAAGGUCCCUCUGGUCCCAAGGGGGCUCUAGGGUCUUUCACACGUAAUUGGAAACAGUGCGUUUUUAAGAAUCUGAACGAAGGCAGGGACUCUGGAUUGGUCAAGGUAAAAGCUAAAAGUUUGCCUCAGAAUAAAACUUUCGUCAGUACUUGGGUUUUAUUUAGAAAGAUGAAGGUCCUAUUCGCAAAUUUGCUUGGACUAGAACCAGUAUCCCGUGCUGCUCAUCCCCCAGUUCUUCAACUAAUUUAUUUCCUCUCCUUUCAACAUGAUGUAAACUUUCAAAAGAUUCUUUUUUCUAGUAAAGUCAUGCAAAACAAAUGAUAUUAUAUAAGGGACUGUGCAAUAAUUAUCAGGAGGGGGGGCUGAAAAACUCGAGUUAUCUAGCAAAAACUUAGACAGUACCCCCCCUCCAAAACAAAAAAAAAUUAGUUCUAAUCCCCCCUCUGUUAUGUUAAAAAUAACGUCGCACCCCCCUCCCCCUCCCACCACAUUGGUAAACUCAAAACUGGACUGAGCUGCCAUCACAGCUUCAAUAAUGACAAACGUUAUUAUGUAACAUCUAGUAUCGAGAAGGAUGUUGAUCGUUUGAUUGAAGAUUUAGACAAAGCAUUUGCUAAGUACCGGGGUGCUUACCACAUUGGCUCAAAAUCUAAAAUUUCUGAAGCCAGAAAGAGAAAGGAGCAGGGAAAAAAAUCAAAGAACAGGAGAUUGAACGCUUCAGAUAACAGACGAAAAAGAGCUUGCAUUAUAUUUAGAUCCUUGGGAGGAGAGCCUGUUGACAGCUGUGUUGAACUUUGUUAUGAGCCACAUAUUAUAUGGAACUCAGCAAAUCGAUUCAGUUGAUGAAGAAACAUUACUUUUAUUCACAUCAAAAACCGACAAAGCUUGUCUACGAGAUCUGUUUGAUUCCCAUUGUUUUAUGGGGGAAGCUGAAAAACAAGUUCAUGAUUUUUGCUUUACAUAGGAUCAGCUCAAUUAAUUAGAAGACGGGUUAAAAGUCAGUUGUGAAUUUGCUUUUCAUUUUGAUGGAAUAUUUUCAAUAAUCGUUUAACAGCUGUUCGUGUUGAUAUUUGUUACAGUCUAUCGUGAUGCCUGUAUUGAGAAUCUUUUAUUGCGUUUAAUUUUAUUUACAUUUCGAAUAAAACUUAAGGCCCCCCCUCCGUCAAAUGAGUGAUUUUACUUUGAGCCCCCCCUAUCUUGGCAGCAAUUUUAUGUAAUGCCCCCCCUCUAGUUUUUCAGCCCCCCCUCCUGAUAAUUAUUGCACAGUCCCUAAAAACACUGCUCAACAUUUUUAAUGUGAAUGGUAACACCAUCACAGGAGUUUGUUCACAGAUUCAAGAGUCCGUUUACCGCACCCUCAUUGCAGCCUGUCAAGUUCCAGGCGUACAAAGGUUGAGUGACACACACCCUCUCCUUUUUUUUCCUGCUCAAUUUUCUUGCACCUUUCCCACUAUCAGCACGCCUGGAACAGGCAGCUUUCCAGCAUGUACCACAGCAUGAAAAAGUACCAAAUUAGGACACUGUUGUGAAUAAAAAAGUUACUGCGCUUUUCAAAAACACGCGAAUUCUGAGGUUCAAAAGCUAACUGACGUUUGCGUUUUUCGCUGCCGUCAAUCAUUUAAGUGGACCUCGUACAGGAAAUAGGAGUUUACUUCAACGGCCUCAAAAGGUCACGGUUUGUGAGUUGUGAUUGGUAGAUUUCGAUACGUUUUGUGUGUUUUUGAAAGCGCAGUAAAAGAUGACCCUGAGAACCUUGAAUUUGGUUGCUCUGUUUAUUAUUUCCUAUCCAUUUAACAGGAAUGUAUUUUCAAGAAGACGUCAGACAACACAGGGCUGCGUGUCUACUGGAGUGGGCAUCUCCGCAUCUACAACUGCAACGGCUGUUGUAAGCGAUGGUAUUUCACCUUUAAUGGCGCAGAGUGUUCGGCUCCAGCAGCUAUUGAUGCUACAGUCUAUAUGUAUCGCGGAGCAGGCAGCAGACUAAACAAUUUGUACCGCCCACGUCACGUCGAAGGAGUUUGCGAUAAAAUUCACAAAGGCACUGUGCGCGUGGGAUUCUGGGUCGGCAACUGCUCAGGUUACGGUUCUGCAGAUGCGGCCACGGGAUGGAACUCAGUGUCCCGGAUCUACGUAGAAGAAGUACCUCCCUCUCAAGUUUAA